UUAAAACCUUGACAACCGGCGAGUAUCGAUUUCAAAAUCAUAUUUUCACGUGCAACUAUAUGUUUCCAUAUAUAUUUAUCCUUUUGGUAAUAUAUUUCACCCUCGCUGCGACCGAAGAAAUAUAGACACAUUCAUUCAAAGAUUCUACCGAACGUAUUUCAUCAAAUAUGAAGAGCAAACAGAAAUUUUCAGUUUCGGAGAAGAAUCUCUUGAAAAGACAGUCUCUAGAUAAUUACAGUCCCCUAGAUUUUCGCACGAGCAGAAAAAUUUCUAGUAAUCCGUUGAUACAGAAGAAUAUAAAUUUUUUGCGGGCGUAUAGUAAUUUUCUAGGGAGGCAGUCGUAUGGUAACACUGGGAACGUUGAUUCCUAUUUCAAACAGAGUCUGAGACGUGAACCGUUUAAUUUGAUUCGAGAUCUUCAGCUGACAAAUUUGGUGAGAUCUACCUCAUCCUUUGAGAGUGUUAGCCAGACUUUCAAUAGACGCAAAAGAUCUCGAAGGACUAUUUUAAAACCUAGGAAGAUCUUAGAAUUUCCACACAAGUCAGAAAUCGAACCAAAAAAGUCAGAAGAAUUUUCUGUAAAGGAGCUUUUUCUAACAAAUAACAAUAAUAAUUGGGAAAGUGAAUCAGACAGUGGCGUAAACCCGGACUUUUCAACUGGAGAUAAUAAUUUUUUGUCUCAACAUAGCGAUUUUCAAAGCCAUCCUUUAGAAAAAGUCGAGGAAACUCUAGAAGAAGACGACAACGCUGCGGAUGCACGAAAAGAUAAAACAUCCAUACAAGAUAUCGAUAAACUCAACGAUCGUUUGGAUAUAUUACUUAAAACAGCCAUGAAUGUUAUGGUAGAAGACGAUAGGGAAAAGGAGGGAGAAGAAGAAGGAGAGGGAGAAGGAGCAGACAUGGAGGAGAAAAUAGCAGAGGGAGAAAACGAAGAUGACGAAUUGAAAGAAGUGGAGGCAAUGAUAGAAAGAGCUUCCAAAGAAUUGGCGGAAGUUGCAGAUGAAAACCAAAAAAUAUUGGAAACUUUAGAGGAAGGCGAUGAAGAAGUUGAAAAAACGGAAGAAGAUGCCAAAGAAACUCAAAAAACUCAAGAAAUUAAAUACAACGAAGCAACAGACCACGCCGUGUUAAAAGAACUAGAAGAUGCAGAACGACAGGCAAUUCAAACAGCCAACAUAAUAAGCAAAUUGAAAGAACAGGUCACGAUCUUAUCUAAAAAGGAAACAAUGACAGAAAGGAAGCCAAAGAACUCGAGAAGAUGAAUAUGGAAUUAAAGAAACAAAUGACCAUUUUCGAGCAAAGAACGAAAAGAAUCCAGGAACUGAUCGCGCGGUCUGAUCUGUUUGAAAACGUGGGACUCUUUAAGUCUUCGUUGAGCCACAAAGAAGACGUCUUACCAAAAGUCGUAGUUUGCGGAACUACAGAACAGCACAUGCCCAAAAUACUAAUUUGCGAUGGUAGCAAAAUCAAAUCCAAAUCUGACCGCAAAAAACGAUCAUCUUCAGCAAAAUCAUCUCGAAGACCAGAUAUAUGUACUUGCGAGACCACUGACCAAGGAACAGACCAAGACCUUUUGGAAAUGACGCAGCACUAUCAAAGAGCAGAUCUAGAGCUUCUGGGAAUGAGGCAGCAGCAACAGUUGUCGCCACAGAUGCCUUUCCAGAUGAUGCCUCCAAUGAUGCAGCCUCAGAUGGCACCACAAAUGAUACCGCAACAGGAAAAUACGUGCGAGUGUCACCAACCGCGAGCAUCGCAACGAGCACAACAGAUGCCGAUGACGCCUCAAAUGCAGAUGCCGAUGACGCCUCAAAUGCAGAUGCCGAUGCAAAUGCCGAUGCAAAUGAUGUCGCAAGUUCCGAUGGUCCAACAAGUAAAUAUGAUGCAACAAGCUCCACAAAGGACAAGAUCUCCAUUUCCACCAAUGGAAGGUCCGAUGGAUUAUGGUGAAUUUGAAUCAACCAGGUCUUCGUCUCGUCCACAAACUCGAGGCGCGAAAGAUCAACCAACAGGAAUGUCGUGCGGAAAAGGUCGUGGAAUAUGUCCAACAGAAAUAGAAAACCGCCUUCAAGAAUAUUCAGAGAAUACGCAGUUUCUGGAACAACAAUUAUACGAUAUGGAAGCUGAAGUGAAAGAGAUGCACCAAGAACUGGUAGCUGUCCAAAAAGAACGAGAACAUCUAGAACAGCACAGGAAGAUGUUGUGCUCACCUCCUCCCUGUAGCCUUCCAACAUGUCCUCCUACACCAUGUUCCCCAAUUCCUCCAUGUAAUCCACCUUGUUAUCCACCACCAGUAACUUGUGGACCACCGUGUGAAGUCCAGCUCCGAGAACUAAGAGAACAGUAUAAAAGACUCCAAGAUGAUUUUAAAAGUAAACUCACAGAAGUCGCUGGUCUCAGAACUGACAACGAAAAAUUGAAAGAUAGAACACGACAAGCUGAAGAUGCAAAGAAAGAUGCUGAAAAACAAGUACGCGAUCUGGAACUAGAGAUUAAGAGACUCAAAGGCAAUCUUAAAGGACCCAAGGAAGUAAGUAAAGAACAGUUUAUAGAGAUAGAACAACAAUUGGCAGUAACGAAACAAAGAUUUAGAGAAGCGCAGGAUGAGUUAGAUGAGCUGAGAUUGUUGGUAGAAGAUCAGCAGAAGCAGCUAGACGAUUACAGAAACAAGUACUUAGAAGCUCAACAGCAAGUAGAAGAACAGAGGAGGCAGAUAGACCUAAUGGAAAUAGAAAAUCAAAGAAUCAGUGAACAAGUUAAUCUGGAAAUCCACCGGGUGAAAAUACAGUUUUCAGAAAAAGUCCAAGAAUUAAUGCCUUUACCUGACAUUUUAAAAGCAACCCAAAUCAAACUGCAAGAAGCUCAACAGAUGCACCUUUUAGCAGAACGAAAUAAUGAAGCGAUAGCUAGAGAAUUGAAGUUAUAUAAGGACAAAAUUGCAGCCAUGACGUCAGAAAUAGACGACGUUAAGAGCGAUCAACAAAUGGGCCAAGAUGCUAAAUCGAUAUUGGAAGCUAGAGUGAAAGAGCUGGAGGAGCAGUUGGCGGAGUUACAGCAAGUUAAUGCGUCUUUGGUUAAUGAUUUAGAAAAAUUUGCGGAGAAAUGUGACGAAUAUGAAAAACUGGCCGAUGAACGUUUGCAUGAAAUUAUACAACUGGAGUCACAGGUUCAGUCUCUAAGAGAAGAAACUGCAAGGCAGGUGUCGAGGAUAAAAGAUCGAUGCGAGAUUGUUAGAAGAUCAAUGCAAAAGCAAAUCGGUGACUUAGAGCGACAACUAGCUCAAAGCAGAGCCCAAGCCAAAGCAGCUCAAAGCGACAGAGACGAAAUCAGGCAAAAGAUGCAGUCUCAAAUCAACAAUCUGAACGAAAAUUUCGAAGACGCUCAAAUGAGAAUUCGGAACCUACAGGGUCACGUCAAUUUCCUUAAAAAUUCGUACGGAGAUACUUUCGGUGUCGGUGAAAAAAGUAAUAGGUACAGAACUACCGAUAAUAAGGAUCCUUGUGAUUGCAAUCCCAUUUAUUAACAAAAUAUUUGUUGUGUUUUAUUCAUUUUAUAAAAAAAUAUUUAAUAUACCACAAUAAUACCUUUUUAUACAAGUU